AUGUCUUGGCGAGCUUUGGUAUUCAACUUAUAUAUAUUGAUGGCUUCUCAACCUGAUAAUCUGCCUGAUUGGGCAAUAAGGAAUAAAUAUGGUGAUGAUGAUGAUGACGAUGAGAAGAAAGAAGAGGAAGAGAAAGAAGAAGAUGAAGAGGAUAAGUUAGAAGUAGAUGAGGAUGAGGGUUCUGGUGAUGAUAGUGAAUAG